AUGGCGGGUCUCGUUAAAGCUAAAGACUAUGACUGGAAGGACUCAAACAUGGAGCUUUUUGGUUCCUCAACCGAUAGACAAGUCAAGAAGGAGUCCGCAAUGACGGAGAAGUGUUGGGAGCCUGUCGGUAGGGCAAAGUCGCCAUUCCUCAUGGUCUGGCGUGUUAAG